AUGGCACCGCGUCUGGGGCUCUUUCUGAUUUGGGCUGGUGUGCCUGUGUUUCUACAACUGCACCCUGUGAAUGGAGGGGGUCUUCCCGACCCAGGGAGCAAACCCAUGCCUCCUGCACUAACCCUAACCCUGCUUUGCUCUUACUCCGUUCCAUCCAUCUCCUCUGCUCCUGCCUUUCUUCUAGAUGAGCCGCCGCCGUAUGUGUACAACCUUCCCGAAACGCCCACUACAACUUCGUCUUACACCAUUCCUGGUUUUCAAGUGGAGAAGCCGCAUGAGGAUGACAGUCCUCCAUGUGCUUUCCCAUUCACCUAUAGACGCAAAAUAUAUUAUAAGUGCACGUCAGUGAAUUCCGAAAGAGAAUGGUGCUCUCUUGAUGAAGAUUAUGUAGGAAGAUGGAAAAUCUGUAGUGAUGGAGACCGUCCCAAAUGUCAUUUCCCCUUUAUAUAUCGCGAUAAACGAUAUUUCCGUUGCACAACAGAAGGGAGUGCUUAUGGUUUAGCUUGGUGUUCACUCACUGAAUACUUUGAGCGAGAAUAUGCUUGGCAGUACUGCGAUCGGUAUUAAAAAAAAAAAAAAGGUAAGAGUGUUCUGGGGAGGAUGGGAAGAGACAGGGGUGAGCAGGGAAGAGACAGAGCUGGAUAAAGAGGUGGAGUCAGAUGCCCACUGAGAAGGAGAAAGGAGGCAGGUGGAGGGAGGGGAUGAGG